CAAAGUUAGUUGAGAUUGUCCCAAUAAUAUGGAUCGAAGAAGACCAGAAAGAAGUAUUUUGGCCACCUUGUAAAGGAUCUGCCUUAAAGACUAUGGUGAAAAAGUGCGAAAUUGUUCCGCUGCCAUCCUGGACUUCUCACACUUUUGAAAAAAUUCUAGGAAGUUAUGGUAAGAUUUAGAAACAUCUUUUGUUGUAUAAUAAAAUGUCGGUUCAAUGUAUGGCCUGUGAUAAUUUACUAUUAUUAUUAGGUUCAUUUCACGACGCCUGUUUGAAGCUAAAACAAGCUGAGGAUACCUCAAACAUUGAAAGUAGCCAGGAGGACGACAUUGGAAUCCGACGUGGACGCAGGGUCCAGAAAAAGAAGGAUGUCGUAAUUGAGAGCCGUGAUUCAAGUAGUGAUUCUGAAUUGGAUCUGGAUAAUAGUUUAUUCCUUGCUCCUCCCACAACGCAAAUCAGUGAGGAUCAAUUUGACAUUACGAUCGGUAAGUUAACUGGGUUAACUUCUAUUUUUAUAUUUCUUAACAUUUAUAUAUUUAACUUGUUUUGUUGUCAAGAAUCUACCGGCGACCAGCCCCACCCUCCAGAUGAGAAUAAUCAGCAGGUAGCAGUCGUUCCAGAAAUUCCUCAACCUGUUAUCGUUCAAGAGGAUUUUGAUGUUGAACAGGAUCCUAAGUUAUUUUUGGCGACGGCAGCGGAUACAGCUGACAUCAAGUCUCUAAUUGAAGGCAUGUUUUUGUUAAUAUGUUAUACAUAUUAUAUUUCUAUAUUUAUGGCUAUUACACUUAUUACAACUUAUUUUAUUAAUUUGAUGCUGUUUAGGAUUCAUGAAAAAAGUUUCGAGUUAUUAGAGAGACAAGCAGAAGAUAUAAGGGAAAUUAAAGCUGCCAUUCACACGUUGCGUGCAAAUUCACAAGGUGGCAAUUUGCUCCCAGAUUAUUCUAUUAUACCACCUUUGCCGAUCGCUGGGAGAUUGGAACUCGUGGCUUUUGAGGAUUGGCUGAAAUCAUCCGAUUCCCAUAAAAAACUGCUGAUCUCAUAUUUGAGUACAACUGGCGGUUCAAAUACUGACAGGAAUACUAGGCAGGUAUUGCUAAAAUUAAUUGGUGGCAGUUUGAGAUGUCAAAUUAAUUAUACCGGGAAAGGUAACAAAGUCGCACUGGAAAAUCUGGAGAUUUUGAAAAUUUUAAAGGAUUCUGUCCGUACUCGGUAUCCUGUGGCCAAUGACGACGAGAUAUUAGGGACAGCAAAGAAUUGGUUCAAGUACGCCCCUAAAGAUGGAGAAGACCAAUAGGACAGGUCGGUCGCCCAGGAAUUUAAGACGUAUUAUUGCAAAACGAGUCCAACAGAACAUUGAAAACACUCAGCGACAAAUUACUCCUACUCCAGAAAAUAAUAAUAAUCAUUUAAAUGAUAUUAAUACGGUAGAUACUGGUAGAUUAGUAAAUAAUUUUAUUCACUCAGAGUCAGAGGAGCGAAGUCAGAUUUUGUUUAGUUUAAGUGACACGGGUAGUGAUGGUCCUUUUAAUGAUAUUGAUAUUAGUGAAUUUAAAGUUAGUUUAAGGGAAUGGGCAAUUAAUUACAAUAUUACAGGUAUUGCUACACAGGAACUUUUGAAAUUGUUGAGACGCCAUAAUUGUUUCGAAUCUCUUCCUAUAGACCAAAGAACUUUAUUACGCGGCGACAUUCCAGUAGUUAAAACGAUAACUAGAAAUGACGAUGGGUCAUACUUUAGUUAUUUUGGUAUAACUAGUUCAUUGCAGGCUCAAUUCAACGAGGAUUUUAUUGAGCCCUUACUAACAAGUAUUAGGGUAGCAGUUAGUGUCGAUGGUCUUCCAAUUUCUAGAAGUAAGUCGAAACAAUUUUGGCCGAUCCAAGUUUCAUGCAUUGAAAGUAAAUUUGGAGUUUUUGUAGCUGGGUUAUAUUAUGGGGAAACGAAACCAAAAUUAGUCGAUAAUUUUUUGAAGGAUUUAGUAGAUGAAAUCCAAGUUUUGCAAACGGUUGGUCUAAUUCUUAAUCAUAGUAUAAUCAAAGUUAAAUUUGAUAGGAUAAUUGCUGAUGCGCCUGCGCGUAGUUUCAUUAAGCAAUGCAAAAAUCACAACUCUUAUAAUGGGUGUGAAAAAUGUAAAGUUGUAGGAAAAUGGACAGGUAGAGUUAUAUUUCCUGAUUUAUCUGCUCCUGUUAGAACAGACGACGAAUUUUUACAGCAAUUAGAUAUAAAUCAUCACUCUGGUAAUUCACCAUUUGCACGUAUAGAUUUUCCAUUAGUUAGUUGUGUUCCUAUUGAUUACAUGCAUUGUAUUUGUUUAGGAGUAGUUAGAAAAUUGUUACGUUGUUGGAUAAAAGGUCGAAUCCCAUAUAAAUUACCGCCCAGUAGCGUUUUAAAAUUAAACGAAUCAUUAUUUAAUUUACGAACAAGCUGUCCUAAUAAUUUUAGUAGAAAGCCGAGAACGGCUAAAGAUGUAGAUAUGUGGAAGGCGACAGAGUUUAGGUCAUUUUUACUUUACACAGGUCCUGCAGUUCUUAAAAGUGUUUUGCCUAAGAGUAAAUAUCAUCAUUUUUUAUUAUUGAGUAUAGCGACUUCAAUUUUGAUAAGCGAGAAAGCGCAAAAUGUUGAAUGGAAUGAGUACGCUAACAAAUUGUUUAGAUUGUUCGUUUCAAAAAUUAGCGACUUAUAUUCAGAAAAUUUUCUAGUAUAUAAUGUGCACUGUUUAAUUCACAUUGCUGCUGAUGCCAUGAAUUAUGGGAGACUGGAUAACUUUAGUGCAUAUGACUUUGAGAAUAAUAUACAAUUUAUUAAAAGAACAUUAAGAUCUCCUUAUAAACCGUUCGAACAAUGUAUAAGUAGAUUAAAAGAAAAGGAACAUUUAAAAUUGUCAGCCAAGCCUAUAUCUCCAUCAUGUCAGAGUAAAUUUUCUAAAGGUAAUAAUUGUUAUAAAAUAGAGACUGGUGAAAUUGUAAUUAUUAUUAGUUAUGUACCUGGCUCCGAUACAUUACUAGUUAAAAAAUUUACAAAAGUUGAUGACUGGUAUGUUGUUCCAUGUAUAUUAAUUUAAGUUCAUUAAGGCAAAAAUGUUGGUUAAUGGAGUUGGAAGGUGGCAUUAUUUGUAUUCCUUUACAUAACACUAAUAAUUGAUUCUUUUGUAAUGAAUGAUCGAUUUUUGUAUAAUAAAGAAUCACGUUGCCAAUAUUAUCGUUGUAUAUUCAUUAUUAAAUCGACGGAUAAACGACGGUGAAUUAUGACCAUAAUGCGACCAUACUUUCAACGGUAUUUCGACCGUCGAUUUUAUGUUGAUUCUGACGAUCAAAUCCACGUUGAAUCAACGGUCGCAUUUUAGGCGAAUAUGGAUGGUUGUUUAGACUAGGUUCUGCCGGCCAUAUGUGACCAAUUUCCGACUGCGUCGUUUCGACGUCACUUUCAACCAAUUUUGCGGA